UAAACGACGACGUGGUGAAUUUCUUGGAUUGUUAUGAUGGAAACGAAGAAAGUAUGAUUGUGAGUAGUGAGAGAUAUGAAUGAUCAUUAUCAAUGUCCCAUCAGGAGCAAGCCGUAGUGUCCCUUCUCUCCCAGCUCGCCCUUUCCUUCGACGGCGCCGUUUUGGGCUUCGCCUUGGCCUACGCCGCCGUCCGCACCCUCUUCAAAUUCACCGCCACUUCCACCGCCCUACGCAAGCUCCGCCACGCCCCUUCCCUCUCCGUCUCCGACCUCCGAUCCCUCCUCGCCGACUCUAACUCUCACGACGGUCAGAUUGUAAUUGCCCGCGGCACCGUCGAUGCCAAGUCCGCCGUCGACGGCUCCUGGAAAACGCUCAGACCCGGUGUCCUCGUUUCGCGCGAGUCCGGCGAUAAAGGCGUUAUUCUUCAAAGAACCCAAACGUGUAUAUACAAUGAAUGGAAGGGCUUAUUUGGAUGGACUUCUGAUCUUCGAGCCAUAUUUGCAAGAUCUUGGAGACAGCAAGAGUCUACCUCCUUAAGGAAGGUGCCUUUUGUUCUUAUCGAUAUUGGACAGAGACCAAAUAGUGAAUAUGUUGUUGUCAACAUGGAUGGCUCAAGACAUCCGUUGCCUCUGACAACAGUUUAUCAUAAAUUGCAACCAAUAAAUGCUUCUCCUUAUACUUUCUUGCAAGCACUUUUUGGGCAUGAAUAUCCGGUUGGACUACUAGAUGAAGAGAAAAUUCUUCCUUUGGGGAAGGAUAUUACUGCUGUUGGAGUUUGCAGCUUAAAAAAUGGAAUUGCUGAAAUUAAGUCAUGCAAAGAUCUACCAUAUUUUCUGUCUGACUUGAGUAAAGAUCAGAUGAUAGUAGAUCUUUCCAUCAAAACGAAAGUACUGUUUUGGGGUGGUAUUGCUCUUGGUUCAAUGUCAGUUGGGAUCCUUAGUUAUGCCGUUGUGAGGAACUGGAAUAAGUGGAAACAGUGGAAGCAACACAGGCAGCUCCAGCAACAGAGGCAAGCGGUGAGAGAUGUUGAACCUCAGGUGGAUGAGGAGAUUGAAGAUGUUCCAGAUGGACAAUUAUGUGUUAUAUGCCUAAUGAGGAGAAGGCGUUCUGUCUUCAUCCCCUGUGGUCAUCUUGUGUGUUGCCAAGGCUGUGCCAUAUCAGUUGAACGUGAAGUGGCACCCAAGUGUCCUGUUUGUCGUCAGGAGAUUCGAGAUUCAGUGCGUAUUUAUGAAUCUUGAACAAACUCAGGCUGAUUGUUCUGUUCAUUGGGGCAGGAAACUUUUGUGCCUGCUAAUGAGAAGGAUGUUUGCCUUUUAUUUAGAUAAAAUCUGGACUACGGAGUUUUAGGGAAAUCUUUCCCUGUGAUCAUAUUACUUUUAUCAGGGGUAGAUAUUUGAAUAUGGCUUAAAUAGGUUGGUCGAGGUUAAUUCGUAGCCUCCUAACUUUUCAUUGUCAGGUUUUUUUGGGGGAAACCUUCCAGGAUUUUCCAAUUUUCUUAGUUGCAGUGUACAUAAAAAAUUCGCCAAACGUAUAGAAUGAACUCCGAAAUGUUCUUAUGCAGGUGGUAUUUUUACUA